ACUUACUGAGAACUAGUCAAACUGGACCUGGACUAGCCGACUGGAGGAAAAACAAAUAGCAGACAGGCUCUGUAUUGCUUACGUACAUAUUAGUGCACAUUAGAGGUUCGCAGGAGAACAGUCAAGCUUUAUUGACACCCGAGUUCUGACAGGGUUCACCUGCACCCUAACACAGGCAGUCCCACUGCUCCAGCAUGGUGUCCCCCAGCGCUUGUGCCCAGAAGCUCCUGUCUUUCUUCCCUUUCCUGCUUGUCCUGUUUGAUCUGCAAUAUGAAGGAGUGGAGUGCGGAAUAAACGCAGAUGUGGACAAACAUCUCGAAAUGGGAAAGAAAUUGUUAGCAGCUGGUCAGCUCGCGGAUGCAUUAUCUCACUUUCACUCAGCUAUAGAUGGAGACCCAGAUAACUACCUGGCAUACUACAGGAGAGCCACCGCCUUCCUAGCUAUGGGCAAAUCUAAAGCAGCUAUUCCUGAUUUAAGUCGAGUCAUUGAGCUGAAGCCAGACUUCACAUCCGCAAGGCUUCAACGGGGACAGUUACUUCUAAAACAAGGAAAGCUGGAUGAAGCAGAAGAUGACUUUAAAAAAGUGCUGAAAUCCAACCCAAGUGCACAAGAAGAGAAGGAGGCCGGCAACCAGCUGGUAAAAUCCGAUGAAAUUCAGCGAAUGCGGACACAAGGCAUGAACGCCUUCAAGCAAGGAGAUUAUGCGACUGCGGAAACCUUUCUGAAUUUUGUCCUGGAGAUCUGCGUGUGGGAUGCAGAGAUUAGAGAACUUCGUGCUGAAUGCUACAUCAAUCAAGGAGAGCCUGGAAAAGCCAUCAGUGACCUUAAAGCUGCUUCAAAACUCAAGAAUGAUAAUACAGGCGCCUUCUACAAAGUCAGUCAGAUAUACUAUCAGCUGGGUGACCAUGAGAUGUCACUGAGUGAGAUUCGUGAAUGUUUGAAGCUUGAUCCUGACCACAAAGACUGCUUUUCCCACUAUAAACAAGUGAAGAAGCUGAACAAGCAGAUUCAGACCGCAGAAGAGCUCAUCCAAGAAGGGAGGUACGAAGAUGCCAUCAGCAAGUACCAGGGCGUUUUAAAAACUGAACCCAAUGUUCUUUAUUAUUCUGCGCUGGUGCAGGAAAGGAGCUGCCAUUGUUAUUCCAAAAACCAGCAGUCUGUCGAAGCCAUAAAAGUAUGUUCAGAAUUUCUACAGAAGGAGCCCACAAAUGUGAAUGCAUUAAAAGACAGAGCUGAAGCAUACAUUAUGGAAGAAAUGUAUGAAGAAGCUAUUCAGGAUUAUGAAACUGCACAGAAGAACAGUGAAAAUGACAAGCAAAUUAGAGAAGGUCUUGAUAAAGCUCAGAAACUUUUGAAGCAGUCCCAGAAAAAGGACUACUAUAAGAUCCUCGGGGUUAAAAGGAAUGCGAAGAAACAGGAAAUCAUAAAAGCCUAUAGAAAAUUGGCACAACAGUGGCACCCAGAUAACUUUCAAAAUGAAGAAGAAAAGAAAAAAGCAGAGAAAAAAUUCAUUGACAUAGCAUCUGCUAAGGAAGUCUUAACUGAUCCAGAAAAAAGGAGUCGCUUCGAUGCAGGAGAAGAUCCUCUGGACCCAGAGAGCCAGCAAGGUGGUGGUGGAGGACACUUCCAUCGAGGAUGGAACCAGUGGCAAGGGUUUAAUCCAUUUGGUUCAGGAGGAGGAUUCAAUUUUAAGUUCCACUUCAACUAGAGACUAAAGUGGAGUUCCAUACUUGCACUUUUCAUAGUGAAAAUAAUGUUUUGUUACAAUACUGUACUGAGGAGUCUCCCGGAACUUUAUUGGAAUGGCUUCCAGUAACGUGCAGUAAUAUACUAAAAAAAAAAAAAAAAAAAGUUUAAAUGCCUGCAUAUGAUGCAGAAAAAAUAAUGGAACGUCAUCUUAUUUAUCCCUGAAGACACUUCUGAAAUAUUAUGACUAUUUUCCAGGGUCUCAUUUACAGUAUUUCUUUUUUAACGAAAAAAAUAAAUAAUCAGGACAGACAUAAUAGAAAAAAAGACAUACAAGGACUUCAGCCCAAGAUGGGUUAAUAUACCAAACAUAUUGAUUUCAAGAAAUACCCCAGUGCCAAGAUGUCAUAGUUCAGAUGUAUAUGCAAAUGAGCCUGAAGUAUAAAUUAAACUAUUUUUUUCCAACUUGA